AUGGCGGAAGAAGUAAAAGUCAAGCUUCAUUGGCUUGAUGGCUCUCGGGCCCAGAGCACUCUUUUCCUGCUGGAAGAGUUGGAGAUCCCGUACGAGCUCGAGAUUUACCAUCGCCAAAAGACUAUGCUGGCGCCACCUGAACUCAAGAAAAUCCACCCCUUGGGCAAGUCGCCUGUGAUCACGGUCACGUCACCGGAUACUCCUGAGCCUAUCGUUCUAGCAGAAAGCGCUUUCAUCACGCAAUUCCUGUGCGACCACCUUUCCAAGGGCAAAACGCUUGUGCCACAGCGCUGGAAGGACGGCAAGGAGGGCAAGGUCGGCGGCGAGACAGAUGAAUGGAUGCGAUACCAGUACCUGCUGUACUACAUCGAGGGCAGCUUCAUGUUCACCAUGGUUCUGCACUUCAUCCUUAGUGGACUCAAAGGAAACAGCGUCCCGUUCUUCGUUCGGCCUCUUACGACACUCAUCGCAAAUCAGCUGAUCACAAUGAUCGUCUUCCCGAACAUGAAGCGUCACUUCGGGAUGAUGGAGCAGUUCCUGGAGACAUCACCUGGUGGCGGUGAUUACAUGUGUGGCCGUAGCAUCACCGGUGCCGACAUCAUGCUGUCUUACCCGCUCAUUGCCGGAAAGGAUGGCGCGUUUGACGGCAUCGGCAAAUGGGAAAAGGGUUCGUUCAAGGAGACGUUCCCAAAACUCCACACCUAUGCCGAGCGGCUGGCAGCAGAGCCGGGAUGGAACAGAUCGGUAAACAAGAUUAAGGAGAUCGAGGGCGGCUUUUCCAUCUUACCCAACCCUGGCGGCCAACCGUCUGCGCGCAUCUAA